CAGAGUCGAGCCUUACUUUGUUCCGACAGGAUGAUGGCCAAAGAUGUUGGUCUGAUGGAAACCAAUGGAGAACUGAAGGUUUUUAUUGACCAGAAUCUGAGUCCUAGUAAAGGUGUCUUGUCUCUGGUUGCUGUCCAUCCUGUAUCCAUCCCUGUGGCCAAACAACUACUCCCCAAAACACUGGGGCUCUCCAAUGUCAACAUUGCUCCACACAUGGUUAUUGGCACGCCCCAGAGGCCCAGUGUUUCCAGUGCCAUACUGGUGAACAGCCCUCACACACCCAGCUCCCAGUUCCUCACACAGAGCCAGCCGGCUGACGCAUCGCCUUGGUCUUCGGGGAAGCGUGGCAAGAAGGGGGAGAAGAAUGGCAAGGGCUUGAGGCAUUUCUCCAUGAAGGUGUGUGAGAAGGUGCAAAAGAAGGGUGUCACUUCGUACAACGAGGUGGCAGACGAGCUGGUGGCAGAGUUCAGCGCUGCAGACAAUCACAUCUCCCCCAAUGACUCUCAUGUGUAUGACCAGAAGAACAUCCGUAGGCGUGUGUACGACGCACUCAAUGUGCUCAUGGCCAUGAACAUAAUCUCUAAAGAGAAGAAAGAGAUCAAGUGGAUCGGUCUGCCCACAAACUCGGCCCAGGAAUGCCAGAACCUAGAGGUGGAGAGACAAAGACGACUGGAAAGAAUCAAGCAGAAGCAGUCACAACUCCAAGAGCUUAUAUUACAGCAAAUAGCCUUUAAGAACCUGGUGCAGCGGAACCGACAGACGGAACAGCAGACAAACAGACCUCCACCCCCCAACUCUCUCAUCCACCUCCCCUUCAUCAUUGUCAACACUAGCAAGAAGACUGUCAUCGACUGCAGUAUCUCCAACGACAAGUUUGAGUACCUGUUCAACUUUGACAGCAUGUUUGAGAUCCAUGACGACAUUGAGGUGCUGAAGCGUAUGGGCAUGGCCUGUGGCCUGGAGGUGGGCAAGUGUUCCCCGGAGGACCUGAAGGUGGCACGCAGCCUGGUGCCCAAAGCCCUGGAGCCCUACGUCACAGAGAUGGCCCAGGGCCCGAUCAGUAACGUCUACAUCACUGGAGGAUCCUCCACCAACGGGGGGCGCCAUCACGGCCAGGGCAGUGACAGUGGUGCAGAUGGUCCCCUGGCCUCCAGCUCUAAUGACUCUCACUACAGUGGCUCCCGUGUUGAGACUCCUGUGUCGUACAUGGGGGAUGAUGACGAGGAGGAUGACUAUGAUGAGAAUGACGAUGACGAUUAACCUCCUGCCACUUCACGCAUUUCUCCUCUCCAACAAGCAGUCUGUCUCUGCAUCUCUCUCUGUAUCGCUUUUUCUCAAGGGCGUUGAAGAAUGUUUGAGUAUGGAGGCUGUGCAACCCUCUUCUCAGAGCGGGGUCCUGAAUCACAUGAUAGCCAAUGGCUCUCUGGGAAGUGUAGUUUAUGGCUUUGGCACUGUGCUGCGUCCUUUCUGUGUAUUAUCACCUCCUCUUGGCAAGCCAUCCCACUCGAGAAUAAAGCUACAAAAAAAAUCUUCCAGACAACUCAUUGCUGUUGGAGAAUGUAUAGUGUUCCUUGUGUGUGAAAUAGUUAUCUUUAUUAUGUUUUGAUUACGUUGGAGAGACUCAAUGGUGAACCACUGUUUCAAGAUGGCUGCCAGUGUAACUGCACCAGCGCUCUGGCUCAGAGACAUUCACUGGAUCCAAAAUGGCUGAUUUAGUUGCCAAAACGCCCUAAGAAAGAUUGAGACUGCCCUUUUGAAAGUGUGGACACUAUUUUGUUACACCUCCCCUCCCCUGCUAUUUGUGGCAUUGAUUUCAAGCAGAGAUUUUGUAUCUGCUCCCCACAGUUCUGUAGGCAGCUGCUUUUCUGGUCCUUGUUUUUGUUUUUGGAGUGUUUUGGCAGCGACUCAAUCCCUCAGACCACCCUGUCACACCGUGGUAGUGUUUACAAAUGACCGGCACCGGCGAAGAAAAUAACUCCUACCCACGCUAACUAUAGGAACAUGUUAAGCUUUGUUUGUGAAAUGUAAACGGAUGCUGUGAAGAUUGUAGUUUAUAGCAUCCUUUACAGGUCAGUGGCGGAAGGAAGAUCUGGACAUGAUCGAUGUAUCAAAUAUGUGGGUUGUGUAGGUCUCUAUGGACUCACUUCGAAGAUCUCCUUUUUCAAACUGAACAACCCAUGUACUGAUUCUUCCAAAAUACCUUUUCUGUAAUCUAAUAUAAGUUUGAAAAUUAAAUAUAGAGAAUGUUUUAACAA